AUGAAUUUGGAACUGCUCAAUCCGUUUGAGAACGAGUUCCCGGAGGUCAUCGAGGACUGUCUCGAGGACGGCUACGCGUGCUGCUGUUCGCCCAACCGGCGCGGGACCCUCCUCGCCGUCGGGUGCCUCGACGGCCGGGUCGUCAUCUGGGACUUUGACACGCGUGGUAUCGCACGCGUGCUCAAGGGCCACAGCCACCCCAUCAGUAGCGUCAGCUGGUCGCGCGAUGGCCGCAAGCUGCUCUCGGCGUCGAGCGAUUGGACGGUCAAGCUGUGGGACGUGCUCAGCGGCAAUGUGGACCAGACCCUGCAGCUCGAAUCCGCGGCCCUCUUCUGCCAAAUACACCCACGCGACCCAAACCAGUACGUGGUGCUGCCGGUAAUGGAGCGGCCACUGUUGGGCAACUGGAAGACGGGCGAGCGAACAGUCCUGCCGCACCACACCGAAGAGCAGAAGCAGGACACCAAGAAGCAGAAGAUGCACGUCAGCGCGGUGAGCUUCAACAAAAAGGGCGACAAAAUCUACACAGGCGAUGCCAAAGGCUUCAUCACCAUCAUAGACACCAAAACACUGGAGAUCGAACACUCGUUUCGGGUGUCCGGCGGGAGCACCAUCAAAUCGAUUCAGUUCAGCAAGAGCGGGAAGGACUUCCUUCUCAACUCCGCCGACCGUACCCUGCGAGCAUACGAUGUCGACACGCUGCAGCAUCGCGAGUUCCAAGACGCGGUGAACAAGAUACAGUGGAAGCAAUGCUGCUUCUCUUGUGAUGGAGACUUCAUCAUCGGAGGAUCGGCGCAGAAGGCCGAGCACAACAUCUACAUCUGGAACAGGGCCUUCGGUCGCCUGGUCAAAAUCCUCGAAGGACCCAAGGAGGGCAUAUUGGACCUCGUGUGGCAUCCGCUUCGACCAAUCAUUGCAUCGAUCUCCACGUCGGGUGUUGUAUAUAUCUGGGCCACCAACUACACAGAGAACUGGUCGGCCUUCGCCCCGGACUUCACCGAACUCCAGGAGAACGAGGAGUACGAGGAGCGAGAAGACGAGUUCGACAUUGCCGAAGACGAGGAUGACCAAGGCCCGGGCAAGAAACGUAAGCGAGUCGAUGAGCCCGGGGAGGUGGACAUCAUGACGAUAGACAAGGUCACGGCGUACAGCAGUGGGGAGGAGGAUGAGCUGUGGUUCAUUCCGAUAGUGUUCGACGACGCCUCCCUCCCCGCGCCCUCUCCACAGGCAGCUGCUGCCUACGAGGGCGAGGGAGUGGCGGUGCCAGCGCCCGCCCCACAGUGA